AUGCGUCUCGCCAAACUCUCGUUCAUCAUCCAGGCUCUGCUUCUGACCGCUGCGGCGGCUCAGAGUGCAGCGGCUAGCAACCUGCUCAGUGAUCUGACCGACGCCACAUCCAGUUCGGCCUCCGCUGAGAGCACCACUGCUGAGUCUACCACUUCUUCUACCUCGUCGACCUCGUCUGAGUCCACUACCUCAACCGAGCCCUCUUCUACUAGCUCAACUGAGCCCACUUCCACCUCCUCCUCCUCCACCUCCACCACCUCGUCUGUUGCUCCCUCCACCACGUCGCAAAAUGAAGCCCAGGCGACCACUUCCUCUACCAAGGAUCAAACUGCCGCCGCCACCACCGCCACCACCAGCUCAAAGGAAUCUACCACCUCUGCUUCUGAGACAUCCUCGACCACACAGACCCCGGUCGUCAAGACCAUCACCUCCUAUGAGACUGUCAGCGGCAGCACCAUUGCCAAUGUUAUGACCACCACCUCCACUCCUGUCUCGAGCGCAACAUCUCCCUCGCUCAACAGCGACAGCAAGGGCUCUUCCAGCAGCGGUGUCUCUUCGUCUGACAAGAAGAUCAUCAUCGGUGUCGUGGUUGGUGUCGGUGGAGCUAUCGUGCUGGGUGUUCUGGCUGUUGUGAUGUGGCGCAUCCAGAAGAAGCGCAGCGAGCAGUACAACGAUGAUGAUGAUGAUCUGAUGGGCGGUACCGCCGUCGGCAGUGGCCCUCGCGAGAAGGCCCCUAGCCCGUCAGGCGGCACCCCAUUCCGGAGCACACUGGACCAGUACCACAACCCUGGUCCCGUCAACGCUGCAUCCAACUUCUAA